CCGGCCGCCACUCACCAGGUAGAAACAGAUGACCGAACAGCCCUUGUUAGUAAGCCCAGGAAAAAAGGAGGAAACAGUGAUCUGGCAUCAGCUGGAUUUAACAUUAUCAAUUCUAUCAUAGGAUCAGGCAUUAUAGGAUUGCCAUAUUCAAUGAAGGAAGCUGGUUUUCCACUAGGAGUACUGCUUUUAUUUGGGGUUGCCUAUAUCACAGAUUAUUCCAUUAUAUUACUGAUCAAAGGAGGAAACCUCUCCAGUACCAACACCUACCAGGAGCUGGUCAGAAAAACAUAUGGUCUUGUAGGUUAUCUAAUUCUUUCAACUCUUCAAUUUUUAUAUCCAUUUAUUGCUAUGAUCAGUUACAACAUAAUAACAGGAGACACUUUAACUAAGGUUUUUCAGAGAAUACCUGGAGUUGGACCAGACAAUGUGCUUACUGACCGUCACUUCAUAAUUCUUCUUACCACCAUCAUCUUUACCUUGCCUAUAUCUUUAUAUCGAGACAUAGCAAAACUGGGAAAGGUAUCUCUUAUUUCUCUGAUUUUAACCAUUGUCAUCCUGAUUAUUGUGAUGGUGAGAACAGUAACAUUAAGUCCACAAGUACCCAAAUCAGAAAAUGCAUGGAUAUUUGCAAAAUCAAAUGCAGUACAAGCCAUUGGGGUGAUGUCAUUUGCAUUCAUCUGCAACCAUAACAGCUUUUUAAUAUAUGGGUCUCUGGAAGAACCCACAUUAAAGAACUGGUCUCGAGUCACACAUGUGUCUGUCUCACUCGCUGUUUUUAUCAGUGUAGUGUUUGCUGCAUGUGGAUAUAUGACUUUUACAGGAUACACAGAAGGAGAUAUAUUUGAAAACUACUGUAGAGAUGACAACCUUGCUACGUUUGGAAGGUUUUGUUAUGGAGUUACUGUAAUUCUGACGUUCCCCCUUGAAUGUUUUGUGACCAGAGAGGUGAUUGCCAAUGUGUUUUUCCAUGGGAACCUCUCAACAGUUUUCCAUAUUGUUGUGACAGUAGUUAUCAUUGCUGUGGCGACUGGUGUAUCAUUAGUGUAUGAUUGCCUUGGAAUAGUUUUAGAGCUGAAUGGAGUUCUGAGUGCUACCCCACUUGUUUUUAUCAUCCCAACAGCGUGUUAUCUAAGGCUGUCCAAAGAGCGAUGGAACCAUUCAGAUAACCUCAUAUCCUGCCUCCUUCUUGCUGUCGGUGUGCUAGUGGUGACAGUUGGGUUUGUUUUGACUAUCUUGCAUCCCCAGGAAUGUAGCCAUGGAAAAGAAAUGUUCUACUGCUUCCCUAGUAAUGUUUCUUUUCACAACAGUACACUUCCACCAUAG